UGGACAUAUCUGAGACGGUGAGGAGACACCAGAAGACCUAGAGGAUGUUUUCAUGUAUGACGAGCGGCGCUUUACCACUAAAGACUGAGAAAAAGGCGAAAGGACAGGUUCUGUGGCAGGUGGCCCAGCAAACAAUGCCGUCCCACCACAAAGAGCUCGUGCCUCAGAUGGCCUGGAUGGAGGACGAUAAAGCCACGGAGAAGAAGACGAGCAGUCAAGCACUGGACACAAAACCUCCAGCUGUGAGUCCAGAGGUCAGCGUGAAGCAGACGCCCUUCGCAAGAGCCGUCUAUAACCUCGGUCACAAGGAGAAGCUUGUCAAUGAUCUCACCUUCGGCAAACGGAUCGGCUUUUACGAGCUUCGUGGGGAAAUCGGCAGUGGAAACUUCUCUCAGGUCAAACUAGGCAUUCACGACCUGACCAAUGAAAGAGUAGCUGUAAAGAUCCUGGAUAAACUGCGUCUGGACAAGCGCUCGCAGAGGCUGUUCUCUUCUGAGAUACGCUGCAUGGAGAGACUGUCCCACCCCAACAUCGUGCGUCUGUAUGAGGUGGUGGAGACGUUUCGCAGGCUUCACCUGGUGAUGGAGUACGCGCCUGGAGGAGAGCUGUUCUCCAGGAUCGCCACCAGAGGACGCCUGUCUGAUCUGGAGAGUAAACUGGUCUUCUCUCAGAUACUGUCUGCUGUCAAACACAUGCAUGACAACAACAUCAUCCACCGGGACCUGAAGGCUGAAAAUGUCUUCUACACCACCACAUACUGCAUCAAAGUGGGUGACUUUGGCUUCAGUGCUGAAUGCAAACCCACCGACAUCCUCACCACCUUCUGCGGCUCUCCGCCUUACGCCGCCCCUGAACUCUUUCGGGACGAGGGUUACAUCGGACCUCUGGUGGACAUCUGGGCUCUGGGCGUCCUGCUGUACUUUAUGGUGACGGCGACGUUCCCCUUUAACGGCUCGAGUCUGAGACGACUGCGCUUCUGCAUCCUCAGAGGUUCCUACGCGUUCCCUGCGUUCGUGCCGGACGCCUGUCAGCACGUGAUUAAGGGCGCGCUGAGGCUGGUCCCGGCUGACCGUAUAUCCCUAGCACAGAUCAUGUCCAGCGCGUGGUUGAGGGGGAUCGAGUAUCCGCAGCCGUACACACCUGCUCCUCCAUCACCUGUGCACCUGACCGACGCCUCACGGACGCUCUCCGCCGACGAGCGCUCGGUCAAACUCGCGCUCGAGGAGCUGGGGAUCACCGAGAUUCACCUCAGGAACAACAAGGUGUUGGAUUGCCGGAGCCCACUGACCGGGAUCUACCGGAUUCUUCUGCACCGGAUCCAGAGGAGCAGAUCCGUGGAGUCUGCGGGACACGCGGCGCUCUGUCCCGGGAGGAGAUGGUCUCACCCUACGACCGUCCACAGAAAACAAGCACAGUCCGCCGUCUGUGCCAUCCUAUAGACAACAUACAGACACACAGAAAGACUGAUCUCUCUGUGCAAUUGUUGGAAGGGAAGUACUGUUAAAUUGCAUGGCAAGCUUAAUUAAUUAAUUUUUAAUAAGCGCAGACACACGGUUGAUUUCGAAUUUGACAAGCCUUAUGCUUCAAAUGUUAACUUUUUCAACUGCUGUAAACCUUUAUUACUUGAUAAAUAAAUAUAUUCAUAAAUAUUCCAUAAAUCUUAUUACCGUAGCAUUAACGGAAUAUUUCAGUUGAAAUUUAAUUAACGAUAUUUAAUCACUUGAAAAAGGGAAUACAAUGUUUUUUUUAUUAAUACAGUGCAUAUUACUAUGUCAGCUAAUAAGAAUUUUUAUAUAUAUUUCUAUUCAUAAAAAUAGUUGUUAAAAUUUAUUAAAAAAAAUAGUUAUUCAAGUUAUGCAUUAAUUCUCCAGUUUAUUUAUAUUAAAAGGUGCACAUUUGAGCUCAGAAAUUCAAAACGGCU